UUCCUGUAUCAGUUAAUAAACUUUGACCAUGUCUAUCUGUCUCGGGUUAUCACUGUCACUGAUACUAAUGGAUAACGCACUGCUCUAAGCCGAACAGGAUCAAAUAUCUUGACAGACCAGGUGUCAUGGGUGAUAAACUUUCCGAGGAACAAUUAAAAGAGGUUCGUGAAGCCUUCACAUUGUUUGAUCUGAAAAACGAAGGAAAAAUUCCCAAUGAAAAAGUUGGUCAGGCAGUGCGAUCUUUAGGCCUUAAUCCAUCAGAAGAAGACGUACAACAUAUGAUUCGGGAGGUUGAUGUCAGAGGAACAGGAUUUGCAGUAUAUGCAGAAUUCCUAGCCAUGUUUAAACGCCAUCAACGUGAUAUCAGCAGUGAGGAUGAAAUAAAAGACGCAUUCCGAGUAUUUGACAAAGAAGGGAAUGGUUAUAUCAGUGCGGCAGAGCUCCGACAUGUUCUCACUAACCUCGGAGAGAGGCUGCGAGAUGAGGAGGUUGACGAGAUGAUACGAGAGGCAGAUCUGACGGGAGACGGACAAAUCAAUUAUGAAGAGUUUGCCCAUGUCCUUGUGGGAAAAUGAGAAGUACAUACAAUAAUAGCAGGAAAUCAUUGUCCCAGAGCAGGAAGAAAUCAGCUCAAGACAAAAAAAAAAGACAAAUAAUAUUCCAGUGCAAUAUUUUACAUUGUUGUCAUUUAAUUUAUUACACAUUUAAUUUUGUA